AUGACUAGAAAGUCAGAUAAACAUAACACAGUAGGUGUUAAUCAUAUUGAGUUAAAAAGAAAGGUUAGAAAUCAGGAGAGUACUGAACAACCUAAGUUAGAUAGUUAUGAUAAUAUUCAAAAAGAAUAUGGAUCAAGUAAAUNCUACGAAGAAGUCGUAGAUGAUAGUAAAAAUAUUACAAGAAUACAAGGUAAUAUAGACAGAAAAAAGAACCUGCUAGAAAAUUCGUGUGACGUGAAUUUCGUAGGAAAUAUGGAGCUUAAAAAGGAAUCCAAGGAAUUACCCAUAGUAAGAGGUAAGGAUCAGAGUAAACUCCAAGAACCAUUAUUUAGAAUACCAGUGAGUGUCAAGAGUAAAGAAAGUAAAGCUUUAAUAGACACUGGAGCACAAAGUAAUUUCAUAACACCAGAGUUAGUGGACGAGAUGAAAUUAAGUACAGAUAUAGCACCAGAUGUGAUAUUGACAACNGUCACAGGUGAGGAAAGAAANCUUAAUAGAAAAGUUAGACUUGACUUAAGAAUAGGAAAAGAGAUAGUGGAAGUACAAGGUUAUGUUGCUUCACUUAGACAUNCUAUUAUUUUAGGAAGACCAUUUAUUAAACAAUACAAUAAAGAAAUAGACUUUAUUAAAGAGACAGUAUUUGGCAUAGAGAAUUGUGAAAAGGAAACACAAUUAACAGAGAUAGAAUAUAUUGAUUCUAAUCAAUUUUUAAGAGAUNUCAGACCAACGGAGUCAGAUAUAGGAUUAUUUUACAUUACAGAAGAAACUCUAGAAAGAGGUAAAGAAGUACCCGAGUUUAUAAAGACAGAUUUUAGUGACGUCGUAACGAAUACGAGUCCGAAGAGAAUAUCAGAGUUCAAGAAAGUAACUCACAGAAUUCAUCUCAUUCCAGGAGCAAAGCCUACGGCAAGACCACCGUAUCGCAUUUCGCAGUUUGAGACAGAAGAAUUGAAGAAACAAAUAGAAGAACUACUACAGCAAGGAUUUAUACAGAAAUCAAAUUCACCGUAUGCUGCACCAGUACUAUUUGUAAAGAAAAAGGAUAAAGCUUUACGGUUAUGCGUUGAUUUUAGAUUAUUGAAUAUCAACACAAUCAAAAAUGCAUUUCCCAUUCCUUUAAUAGAAGACUUAUUUAUGAAAAUAGGAACAGCCAAGAUAUUUUAUAUCAAGUGUUAG